AUGAAAGGGUUAUUUGUAUUAAUAUUAUUUACCAUUAAAAUGAGUCAAAGUGAUAAACGAUUGGUGUCAAAUUUUGCUAACGAAAUGGAGAAGCUUAAUUCAUUAGCAUCAAUUGAUUCGAAAGAAAUGAUUAUUGAAGGAAGUAAUAAUGAAUAUAAAGAUGAAAGUAUGAAAAUUAUUAUUACUCGUCCCGAUACUAUUCAUUCUACCAAUCUACUGAUUAACAAGCCAAAUAUUGAGAUAAGUGACAGAAAAAAAGUAAUAAUUUUAAAUUUGAUGUCAAAUUUAAAUAAUUUGGAUGAUUGCACCGGAAUUUGUGACAGCCAUUAUGGAAGUAGUUACAUUCUGCCAAUUUUGCGUUCUAUAAAUUAUGAUAAUAACACUGUGCCUACUACAUUUUCCGAUUUACCAGUUGAUGUUAGUUUUGCUCUAAAGAUUAUUCAUUUAGCUAAUUUUGAUUCAAAAAAUAUGGAUUAUUCUAUCGAUUUUGAAAUGCAGAUGAGUUGGAUUGAUUCACGUUUAAUGAACAAUUAUACAAAAUGGAUACGGAUUUGGGAAAAAAGAAUUUUGGAUCAAAUAUGGAAACCUGAUCCAAUAACACUACAACCAUCGUGUUACAUGGUUUUUUGUCAAUUUCCACAUGAUGAUCAACAAUGUGAACUUAUGAUUAGUUCGCUAUCACAUAUACCAUCAAGUGUCCGAUUUUCUUGGCUUUCAACAAAUCCAAUAAAUUUAAUGUCAACACAUCCGUCACCUGAUUUCAAUCUUGUAUCCGUACAUACGCAUCAUUGUGUUGUAGAUGGAAAAUUAUUGCCUUCAUCAUGUCUUCGUGUUUUAUUCAAAUUAAAACGUACCGGUGCACGUUUUAUCAUUGAAAAAUAUAUACCAAGUUCAUUAGCAAUGUUUUUUGCAUGGAUUGCACCAUUUGUGCCAUAUAACUAUGAGGAAGUACGAAUUAUUACACCAAUCUCUGUUAAACAUGUCCAUAUCAAUUAUAUUACACCAUUGGAUAUAUGGUUUCGUGCAAUGAAAAUAUUUACCGUUUUAUCAUUAUUUGAAUCAGUCGUCGUUUUAGCACUUAUAAGAGCUACUAGAGCUAUUGAAAAACGACGUUUGGAAGCUGCAAAUGAAUUUGAGCGUGAAAUUUUUCGCGUAAAAAAACGACAAGUAAUACGAUUAUAUCAACGCCUAGAUUAUUUCACGCAAAUUUUUUCACCCUUACUAUUUACAACAUUUCUCAUGUAUUAUAUUAUGAAUGUUGUUCAUGGCGAAUAUAAUGACUGUAAUGCAAAUACAAUUAAUAAUUAA